AUGCCUGUUAAAAGAUCACUGAAAUUAGAAGGUCUGUUAAAAGAAAAUUCAGUUGAGAGUUCAGACAUCCAAAGGAAGAGGAGUAAUAUAACUUUUUCUCCAACAACUGGAACUUGUUUGAUGAACUCAUUCAAUUCUCCCACAAGGCCUAAAGAACAGAAGCACAGAAAUGGACCAUCAAAUGAAAAGAGGGCAAAACUGAAUGACCUCAAUUCCAGAUUAGCUGAAAGAAAAGAAUCUACAACAGAUGACAAUGAUGAAUUCAUGAUCUUAUUAUCCGAAGUUGAGAAAUCAUCAGAGAAAAUCAUGGAAAUAAUGCAAAAUUUAAGUAGUUUACAGGCUUUGCAGGGCAGGAAAGAGUUCGAAAGCAUCAUUGGUAUCUCCUGUGCACCAUGUUUCUUAAAAAGAGAAAUGCGAAAAACCAAAGAGCUAAUGACAAAAGUAGUGAAACAAAAACUGUUGAAGAAGAGAAAUGCAGGACCGCCUAACAAAGGAUUACAUCACCUUGACAGCUAUGAAUUCCUUAAAGCCAGUUUGAACUGAGGCAUUUAGAAGAAAUGCACUCACUCUGAACACCAACUUCUGCAUCUGCCUGGUCAUAUUUAAAGGAACAGAAGAAAUGUUUGUAAUUAAUCUGCCCAGUAAAUACCAGAUCAUAGCACUAGGCAGGUGCAUGUCUAGAUAAAAUUUCUUGCAGCUAAUUUAAACUUUCUACACACACCAAUAGAUAAUCUCAAUGUAAAUAAUACAUUUCUUUUUGACCCUUUAAUGUAAGUCAACACGUACAGAAGAUCUUGAUUUAUAUUCUGUA